UACCGCUGUUCCCGCCGUGUGAAGCUGGUGGACAUGAGAGACUCAAGCAGGAGGAUCAGCAAAUAAGUAUGGAUGCAGCAAUGGCUAUUAUUUGUCCAGAUAUCAAGGAUGCCCAGAGUUUGAAUGUCCUCUUAAACCACAAGGAGGGGAAGGAAGAUGAAAGCAUCGACAAUCAAGAUUCUCAGAUUACCUCCAGUCUAGAAAACUAUUUGGACCUGAAGAUCUGCAUCUUGGAGGACUGGACCAUUGAGGCAAUCUCAGACCAAGUGGACGAAGACUACCCGGUUCACGAGCUGAGGUGCCCUUCAGGCCUGCGUGAGGAAGACUUCCUGAGGGUUCUGAGGAUCACCUUCCCUCUGCUGGCCGCCAACAUUCCCUUUGAGUCCUUUAUUGCCGACUCUACCAAGAGGCUGCAGCCUCUGAAGGUGGACUGUUUUACACCGGAGCAGAUCUGCAGGGCAGCCGGAAACUCUGCCCUCUACAUCCGAAUAAAAUGUCCCCCUGAGGAGGAAGCAGGAUGUCAUGAAGAGCACGCUCCCAUUGACAAUGAAAGUUACGGCGAAGAUGCUUCUCUCAUCCAAACUCAAUCUCCUAGCGACACCAGAAACGAGGCUCCUCCUCUUCCUGCUCCUCCUGCUCUUCCUUCUCCUCAGAAGAAUCCCGUUGAUCAGAAGAGCAGACCCGAUACCAUCGUCCUCAGCGUCCGUGUUCUGGACAACAGUCUCAUCGAGGUGGUCACAAAAUCAGUGCUGAGGAGGUGCAAACCCAGGAAGCUCAGGUGUCCGCGCGGCAUGCAGGAAGCGGAGCUACUGAAGCUGCUGAGGUCCACCUUCCCGAAGCUGCGUACAGAGAAGCCGCUGGAGUAUUUCGUCACCGACAGCCUCAGAAAGCUGCUGCCUCUGAAGCUGGAGCCCGUCACCCCAGAGGGGAUCAGCGCCGCCGUCGGGGAUUCUAGCCUCUACGUCCGAGUGAAGAAAGAUCGCUCGAUCAGAGGGAGAAAAAAGAAGGUGAACAAGGCUGCUGAUCACAAAGAAGACAGGAACGACUUUUCAUCCGCAUCAAAUUGGACGGCAGCGGAAAACCUGCCUCAGGGUGGCGAAGCAGACGGCUCCAUAAAUCUCAGGAUUUACCUCCUGGAGGACUCCGGGAUCGAAAACGUCACAGACGAAGUGUUGGAUAAGUAUCAGCUCCAUAACCUCCGGUGUCCUCCUGGAAUGAGCUGUGGAGACUUCCUGAAGCUGCUGAGGUCCACCUUCCCUAUGCUGGCCUCCAAGACUUACUUUGAGACCUUCAAAAGCAACCCUGACAGGAAGCUCCUACCUCUCUAUGUCAACAUAUUCACGCCUGAACAGAUCACAAGAGAGGCCGGGGAGUCGGCCCUCUUCAUCCGGCUAAAGCCUCCAGAGGACAUCCAGGUCAGAAAACGGAGCAAUCCGGAUGAUGCUCGUCCUUCCUUACGAAAAAAAAGUCCGGAUCAUAAAAAGGUUGAUGAUAAAGACGCCCCAAUGAGCCUUCACGUCUGUUUGCUGGAGUCCGACGUUGAUGUGCUCAAGCCGCAGGCUCUUAACAAGCACAAAAUCCAUGAGCUGAAGUGUCCCUGGGGCCUGCAGGAGAAGGAAUUCAUGGAUCUACUAAGGUCCACAUUUUCUCUGCUGGCUGGUCAAGCUUUCAAGGUUUUAACUCUUCAAAGCGGGAAACUUCUACCGCUGAAGGUUAACCGCCUCGUUCCGGAAGAGAUCCAGAGGGCUAUCGGUUCUGUCGACCAAGGGUUCCCUCCACCAGUUCUCUACAUUCAGCUGCCGCAACCUCCACAGAAAGAAGAUACUAAACCUUUAGCUCAUCCCAGCACAGCAUAUCCAGACAUCCAGACCCUAAGCAACUAUGAACCAGAACAGUUGCUCAAUCUGAAGAUCUGUAUCCUGGAUGACCCAAAAAUAAAUCACAUCACCCCUUCAGUGUUGCAGAAACACGCCAUCCAGGAUUUCCAGUGUCCCGGGACUCUACUGAAGGCUGGCUUUCUGGACCUCUUGCAGUCCAAGUUCCCUAAGCUGGCUGGAGCCAAUUUGGAUUUCCUGGUCGAUUACGGCGAAUAUAUGAUGGCUAUAAAUCUAAAGAAUUCAAUGGCAGAGAAGAUGAACAGGAUCCUGCUAUCGGCCAGGACUAGAGUCCUCUACAUCAUAAUGAAGGAAAAAACUAACGUCGAGGUCAAAGGAAAAAGGAGUCACUCUAGUGUUACUGAUGAAAGCAUUUCUUCCCCACGCCAAAGUUUAAAAAAACGAAGAAAGAUGAAAUUGAAGUCCAGGCAUUCGGGGUCACAUCACAGGAACGGAAAAAGCGAGGACGACAAAACGGAAGACAGCGAGGAUGAAGGCAAGCCAGAAGACAAAAAGCCCGCCAAACUCUUGGCUCCGGGCUCCCUGAUGACCCAGAUCUCCUCCACAGACAACACUCCUCCAGAGACAAAGGAAAGCUGUCCAGUAGCAAUGGAAACCAUCCAAAUAGACGACGACCAAACGGAUGACAGUGAAGAUGAAAGGCUCCCCGAUAAUCCAACGCUCUCCAGGCUGUCAUUUAUGAACACGCAGAUUUCUGCUUACGCUUCAAAGGAAACUACUACUAAGGUGCAGAAAACACUCCCAGAUGCAAAGGCGAGCACCCAGGUGGAUGAUGACGAAACGGAGGACAGCGAGGAUUACGAUGACCAUGACAGCGUAAAUUCUUCUCAGCUGAACUCUACCAUAUGGGAUAACGAGGCGAGGAAAAACAUAGCCAAAGAAAAGCCACGCGUGUCAGGGAAGGAGGAAGUCAAACCUCCAGAAGCAAAGAGAAAGCCAAAUAUCGAAGAAGUAGAGAUUUUGGACAGUGAGGAAGGAGAUGAUGAUAGUAAAGCAGAGUCCAGCAGACGCUCGUCCCUGCAGUCUCAAAUACCAGGUCAGGAUGUAAAGCAGAACUCCACCACAGAAAACACGAACGUGAAGCAAAAUAAGAUAAAUCCUGAAGCUGUAAAGACAAACGCCCCGACAGAGCAGGUGGAAAUCAGCGACGCUGACGGUGAUAAUGAAGACUCGUCAAAGUCGGACACGGUGAAAGAGAAGAAGGAGCAAACCUGCAGAGUGUGCAGCUUGAUCCUCCUGUCCAAGCGCCUUCUGAUUAGACACGCGUGGAAGCAUUUGAACCACAAGGACCAGCUCUGUGGAGUGUGUGGAAUGCAGCUGGACUCUGCAGUAGAGCUACAGAUGCACCUCCAGAAAUACCAGAAUACUCACAACUGCAAGAUCUGCUGCAAGCGUUUCAUCUCCAAAGACGGCUACAGGAAACACAUGAGACGGCACAAAGUAAACGACAGCCAGAGUGAACGGCUGGAGCCCACGCAGAAGUAACCACAACCCGAAGACCCGGAGUCCAUCCUGGGGUCCAUCUUGGAGUCCAUCCUGGGGUCCACCCUUGGGUCCAUCCUGGAGUCCAUCCUGGGGUCCAUGUUGGAGUCCAUGUUGGAAUCCAUCCUGGCGUGCAUCUUGGAGUUCACCCUGGCGUCCAUCUUGGAGUUCAUCCUGGCAUCCAUCUUGGAGUUCAUCCUGGCGUCCAUCUUGGAGUUCAUCCUGGGGUCCAUCUUGGAGUCCGUCCUGGAGUCUGUAUUGGGGUCAAUUCUCGUUAUGAAGAAGUUUAGUGCUGCUGUUGCUGGUGUUAUUUUUGUUUGUUUGUUUUUUUGUUAUGUGACUGAAUGACCCUUUAUAGUGUUUCUAAGUUAUGUUAAAAGACUUUCACGAUUACAUUCAGCUCUUGUUCUGUCAGAAUGUCUAUAGAGAAUAUUUUUUUAGACACAAGAAGGAAUUUUAACGUGUCUUUAAAGCAGGGACGGUAAUUUUUUUCAGGUUCAAAAGUUACCCUCUGCUGUAUGUGACCGAUUGAUUAAUUUUAUUAUUCCUUUUAUGACGCAUAUUUUAUCAGUUUAUUAAAAAGAAAAAAAACUAUUUUUGUCAUUUUUUUCUGAUGCUAUAUAGGACAUUUUUGAGAAAAGAAAAUGGUUUAAAUCUGAUGGGACAUCGUUUCUGUCGGGAA